GUCACUUCUCAAGAAUCUGGAACCAAACCAUUGACCUUCACGUUUGUACCAUCCAUUGGACGACUUCCAACUCAUUUUGAGGUUGUGGAUAUCUCUAAGUUCCUUGUGACAAUCCCAGAGGACCCAAAGGAUCUGAGCCAUCAAGAAAUUGUAAAUAAGUCUAGCAAGGUGUCUGAUGAGCUGGGCUUAAAGAGUGGGGCCAGACAAGACUUUGUGUCCUCCAUCUGUACAGACAACACCCGAACAGCUUUCCAGUCCCUGGGGUGUAAUUCAAGCAAAGGAGAAAUGCAGGAGAAUGACCUUUUUAAGGCUGAGUUUAUCCUGAUUACGGACUCCGGUGAUGAAGAUGAAGUAGCUGCUGCCUCAAACAACAUCCAUCUGCCUUCCAAUGGCUAUGGUCCCAUCAGUGCUCAGCUGCUGACCACGUCCCACGUCUCCCCUGGCACCGAGGCAGGGAAACCUCCUGUCGAUGGGCACCUUCCAGGUGCUGCUCUCUCCCACAGUACUGCUGACCCACAAAAGCACCAGCAGUACAGGAUCAAGAAAAGCUACAAGGCAUUUGCAGCAAUCCCUACAAACACAUUGCUUAUGGAACAGAAGGCGUUAGAAGAGCCAACCAACCCUGCUGGUGUGACCCAGGGCACUGCUGCAGACACUCAUUCAGAGAUGUGCUCCCCUGCCCAGCUCAGACAACAAACAGAAGAGCUAUGUGCUGUCAUAGACCAAGUCCUGCAGGACCCAUUGACUAUGCGCCGAUGUGAGUCUUCUCCGAGUUUUCUGCAGAUGAGCACGGAGUCAGAUGCUGCCAAGGUGUCAUCGACACUGCAGAGAGCAGCUGGGCGUGAAACCAGAUAUGCCAACCUUUACAAAUCUGUUCCUGUGGCAACGGAGAGUCAGCAGACAAAACCUGGUGUCAUUCGUCCCGUGGUGGUGAAAGGAAAGAGGGCCCAGCAAAAGGAGGAGCCUUAUCAACCCAAUCCAUUCAAAAAGUACCUUGAAGAAAUUGGGGAUCAAGAUAUUGAGCAGCCCAGUCAUCCCAUGGUGCCUAUUCCAGAAAAUGAGACACUCAGCUCUAAGGAG